AACACGCCACUCACAAUAUGGCAGCGGCAUCAACGUUAACUUCUACUCCCCUUUUUUUCUAUAUGAAGUCCACCCUUCAUUGUGUGGUCAAUUGAACAGUUGUUACCGACCCAUUGACCGUUCCUGCUAUGGAGUCACAGAUGAUCACCAACCCGAAUGAAAUCGCCAAACUCUACAGAGAGCUCAGCCUCUUUCCCUCUUUAAGCAGAGCAGACAUUGGACCUGUUAUUACCUCCCAGUAUGGAGGCAAAUACAGUAACAUAUACACAGAGUGGAGCCAGCGUGACCUGGAGAGGAAUGAGAGUGUCAGAUUCUGCAGGCAAUACAUUGUUUUCCAUGAUGACAAGUCGGUGGUCUACUCUGGAGCAUCUGGAAACUGCACUGAAAUCAAAGGAGAAGUUUUGAGUAAAGACUCUCCCUCUGGUGAAAUGAAGGCAGUAAUCAGAGAAUGCUCCAUUAAAGGAGAGGAGAAGCAGUUUCUGGAGAUCUGGAGUAAAAACAUCAAGGUGAAGAGCAUCAAUCUAACAGCUUUAAAGAAACAUGGCAAAGUCUAUGAGGAUGAGCAAUUUGGCAGCCUGGUUUGGUCGCACUCAGAAACCCACCUCCUGUAUGUUGCAGAGAAAAAGCGUCCUGAGGCCAAAUCUUUCUUCCAGUCGGAGCUGCCGGACUUGUCUUCCAUUGAAGAUGAGGAGCUGACCUUGAGGACGGAGAAAAAGGCACGUGUCUGUGUCAAUUUAAUCCUGCAGGGGGAGCAGUUUGUCUACCAUGAGGACUGGGGGGAGGCAUUAGUUAGCAAGAGCUGUCCAGUGCUGUGUGUUUUGGACAUAGAGGGGGACAAUGUGUCUGUUUUGGAAGGAGUGCCUGACAGCAUCUCACCUGGACAGGCAUUUUGGGCCCCAGGUGACACAGGUGUGGUGUUUGUCGGCUGGUGGCAUGAGCCUUUCAGAUUAGGCCUGAAGUACUGCCCCAAUCGGAGGUCUUCUUUGUUUUAUGUGGAUUUGACGGGCGGGAAAUGUGAACAGCUUUCAUCAGACAGUGCAGUGUAUUCCCCCAGACUGAGCCCGGAUCAGUGCCGAAUUGUCUAUCUAGAAUGUUCUGUGUACGGACCACACAUGCAGUGCAGCAGGCUCUGUAUGUACGACUGGUACACUAAGAAGACCUCAGUGGUUGUGGAUGUCAUUGGACGACCAAGAGAAGACGGCUUCACCGGCAUCUACAGCAGCCAGUUGUCACCAAAGUGCUGGUCGGCUGAUAGUCAGCGUGUUGUUGUUGCUUGUCCCCAGCGCAGUAGAAAGGAGCUGUUGGUGGUGGACACAAGCACAGGAAGCAUCACCUCUCUGACCACAAAGUCUGACAUUGGGAACUGGUGUCUGCUGAACAUUGAGCGAGAUCUGAUGGUGGUCAGCUGCUCCUCUCCUAACUGCCCUCCAAGUCUGAGGGUGGGCUUCCUUCCAGGAAAGGAUUCUCAGGAGGAAGUGGUCUGGAUUACUUUGGAAGAGUCUCAGAUUUUACCAGAUAUUGACUGGCAGAUAAAGACUUUCACUCCUCCAGCAGAGCAGGACAACAGUCAAUACCCGGGUCUUGACUUUGAAGCUGUGUUGAUGAAACCAAAAGAUGUAAAGGAAGGAGUGAAACUACCCCUGAUUGUCCUCCCACAUGGUGGGCCUCACUCUGUGAUUGUAGCUGAAUGGCUUCUGUCUACCUCAGUGCUCUGCAAGAUGGGUUUUGCUCUUUUACUGGUAAAUUAUCGUGGCUCUCUUGGGUAUGGCCAAGACAACAUCCUCUCACUGCCUGGUAAUGUGGGUUCACAGGAUGUGAAAGAUGUUCAGUUUGCUGUUGAAAGUGUUCUGCAAAGUGAUGAGUUUGAUACGCAAAAGGUGUCAGUUUCUGGAGGCUCCCAUGGGGGUUUUCUAGCCUGUCAUCUAAUUGGCCAGUACCCUGGCUUCUACAAGGCCUGUGUGUCGCGCAAUCCGGUCAUCAAUUUGGCCUCCAUGAUUGGCAGCACGGAUAUUCCAGACUGGUGUAUGGUAGAGGCUGGAUACGAUUACAGUCCUGAUUGUCUCCCUGACCCUGCUGUUUGGGAACAGAUGUUAAACAAGUCUCCUAUCAAAUACGUCUCUCAGGUUCGGACCCCAGUUCUACUUACUUUAGGGGAAGAUGACAAGCGUGUUCCUAACAAGCAAGGAAUUGAAUACUACAAAGCACUAAAAGCCAAAAAAAUCCCAGUCCGAUUGCUGUGGUAUCCUGGAAACAACCAUUCUCUCUCCAAGGUGGAUGCAGAAUCAGAUGGUUUCAUGAACAUCGCUUUGUGGAUAAUUCAGCACCUGAGUCUGUGAUUGUAAAUCACCGAAGAUACUUAUAAUGUGCAGCACAUGUCUUCAUGUGUCUGGGGGGGGGGCGAUUAUUUUUCUGAUUCAUGGUGCAAUUCAAAACUAAACUACUGAUAAUUGAUCUCCAAUUGUAAUACUUUAUUUCACCAAACGUUACCCAUAAUAUGUAUGUUGUGUGUUGCAUAAAUAGAUAAAAAGAAACAACACAUUUGAUUCAACAGAAACAUUUGAUUGAUACUUAGUUCCUUACUGGAAUCAGAAAACACAAAAAGGGCUGUUUAAUUCUUUCAACUUUUUUUGACUCUAAUAUAAGAAUAAAUGCAUAAUCAGUCUUUUUUCAGAAAUUUUUUUGGGUAAUUUAAUGUUUUGAGUUAAACCUGCUUCUUUGAUUGUAUCAUUCUGUGCACUUAAUAAAAUAAUAAUAAAAAGCUUUGCUGUGA